AUGGCACCGCGACGUAGCGGAGGAAGCUCUAGCUCUUACUUCGCAGGCUCCUCAAGUGUCUGGGCCACGGAGACUUCAUUUUCACUGGACGAAUACACUUCAAAGAGUCUCUUCAUCGCAGGCUUUGCUUUCGAUAUCCUUUUCGCUCUCGCAAUCAUUGGAUUUCUGAUCUGGUCGUGCUUGAUACGAGGCCACAAUGGACAGACGAAGGGCGUCGUAGUGGCUCUUGUCGCAUGGUUAUGCGCUCAAAUUACCACAAUAGUUUACGAGAUUUUUUUCCUUGCCGAGGCCGUCAUUACUCAAUACUAUAACAUUGACCUGAUGCUUCAAGUGUUUUUCUCCGAUUUGGCUAUCUUGAUGGUUGUCUUUGUCUUCUACAACCUGACCCACCGUCUGCUCAACCGCCUCACAGACUCCGGGAAACCCUACGCGGCUGUCGCAAUAGUUCACUGGAUAAUUCUCGGCAUUUUAACAGCAGUCUCACUUGCGGCGUGGGCCAUGUAUGUGGUAGUAAGGGUCAGAUAUGUUCAAGGACCGUACACCGGUUUGGAAAUGUUUUCGUUGGACUUGAACAAGGUGGAUGGCGCAAGAGCCAUUCUUUUCUUCGUGGUAUCCUUGGAGAUCUUUGCCUGGGUACUCUUCGCUGCAAUCAAGGCUGGCUCCCAUAGAUUCACUUCACGAAUUCCUAUCUAUGCCCUGCUCGGCGGAAGCAUCUGCUGGUUCGCGUUAACUCUGACAAAUGCCGUCGUUUACAUCCGCUACUAUAUUGAGUUUGUCUUUGUCGUCCCUGACUACUUGCAGACCGCGCUGGCGAUUUUGCAGUUUCUCUUUGGCGUCGGUACCCUUGUCGGAAUCCUGCUAUGCUGCCAGAAGUGGCGCCAUAUUGAUGACUCAAUCGGCAAGCCACAAGCUGCUACGGUGCACUACACAUACGGCAAUGGUCAAUACCAAUACCCUUACCAGCAGCAAUUCCAGCCAUAUCCCGGACAGCCGCAGCCUCAAUACCCGCAGCAAUACCAGCAACACGGGCAACCCGUGCCUGUGCAGCCGUAUCAACAGCAACCAUCACCGCUACAAAAGUGA